CUAAGAUUUGUGUCUUUCUGUCUCACAGCAAACCAGUCUUGUGAGGGCCUGGAAUGCUACAUGGUUCUAGAGAAGAUAGAGAAGAGAGUCAUCGGCUCUAUCUGUUUCCUGGCAGGUCCCAUCACACUGAUGGAAAAUGUCCUUGUCCUGGGAGUCAUCGCCACUUCAAUCAGUUUACGGCGGCGCCCAUCUUAUAUGUUUAUUGCCAGCCUUGCUCUGGCAGAUGUGUUUGCCAGCUGCUUUUUCACCACAAGCUUCCUGGACUUUCAUCUCUUCCAUCGCAGCGAUCGCCCCAAUGCCUACCUGUUUAAGCUGGGCGGAGUCACCAUGGCCUUCACCGCCUCGGUUGGCAGCUUACUGCUUACUGCUCUGGACCGCUACCUCUGCAUACACCAGGCCUCCAGCUACAAACUGCUGCUGACUCGCCGUAGAGCUCUGCUGAGUCUCCUGGUUCUCUGGUGCUCCACCAUCAUCAUCUCCUUUUUGCCUUUGAUGGGCUGGCAGUGCCACACAGGCCUCACCCCACCCUGCUCCCGCUUGUUCCCGUACAUCAGCCAGUCUUAUUUGGCUUGUUGGACCGGCUUCACACUGAUGCUUCUGGCACUUAUUUUAGCUGCUUACACUCUCAUCUUGUGGAAGGCCCACCGCCACGAAUCCUCCAUGGCUAGCUUCCAGGGAGCAGCAGGGACAGGUCAGGCCCGCAUGAGAAUGGACAUCAGACUGGCUCGCACCUUCGGCCUGAUUCUGCUCAUCCUGGUGGUGUGCUGGCUCCCCGCGCUCUCCUUCAUGUUGGUUGACGUCUCCACGGUCUUGACCCUUUCCGAACAGAGGGCGUUUGCUUUUUGCAGCACCUUCUGUCUGCUCAAUUCUACGGUCAAUCCACUCCUUUAUGCACUGCGCUGCAGAGACCUAAGACUGGCACUGAUGCAUUCCCUGCAGAGACUUUGGGAGAUUGGAAGGUGUAAGAAGUCUCAAAGGUCUGGAGUCACAGCGAGAGAAGACAACUGUUCUGAAUUCUCCGACAAUAAGAUGCCACAAGUAGAAGCGACAGAGCUCGACUCCAUCUCCAAAAUAGUAGAAAAUCAACCGGAUGUGAAAUAGUGAAGAUAAUUAUCCAUUUUGACAUAAAAAUGUAAUACAAAUGAUGUAUUUAUGGACUGGUAAAUGUUUUUGAAAAACUUGACAAUAUUAUUACUUGUUUUUAUCAUCUUUCCUGUACAAUGUAAAUAUUAAUGUAAAAAAUAUCCUAAAAUGUGUUUACCAUUGCAUAAAGGCUCUGUGCUAUAGACACAUAUGGUGCAAUAAGUGUCUUCCU